UCGUUCAAUGACACACUCAACCCCCUUCACCAUAUUAAGGUGGUCCAAGAAGGUGCACGUCAUACCACACCUGUUGAAAACCCCACCUCAGCAGAACCACAGGAAGACGGCGGCUAGGUCGUGAGCCAAUGGACGGAGGAGCUUGGACAUGGAACCAGGUGCGAGUAAGACGACCAGGAAGCGGCGGCAGCGGUGCUCCACAGAGCCAAAGGGCUAAGGGAGAAGAGAGUUCUUGGAGGCGGAGGUGACAGACUGUUCUCUCUUCCAGGACCAUGUGGGAUCCCCGUUCAGGCCAGCCAGGUGUCUACCCUGGUGCAGCCUAUCCUCCCAACCCUUCUUACCCGGCCGGUGUCAACCCUGCGCACCCUCCGCCUGUGAAUCCUGCCUUUCCUCCAGGUCCCAUUCCUCCUUGUUCCUACCCGGCUCCCCCACCAGGGAUCCCAGGGCAACCUGCCUACCCACCAGGCCAUCCUGUUCAGCCCCCCUAUCCCGGGCAUCCACCUGGCUACCCUGUCCCACCUGGUGGCCUUCAUCCUCCUCCCCCUCCUGGUAUGCCUGGAGGAAUGGGGGUCAAUCCUCUACUGCCUGGGGGGAUGCACCCGAUGGAUAAGAAGGCGGCCAAAAAGAUGAAGAAGAAGAUGAAGAAGGCCCACAAGCUGCACAAGCCUCACAAGCAUCAUGGGAAGCAUUCCUCCUCCUCUUCCAGCAGCAGUGACUCCGACUGAGGCCGAUCCCUACCUCCCAGCUGCGUCCUCUUUCCACAAAUGCUGAUUCUCGCAAUGCUCUUCUGACUGAAUGAUCACCAGAUUAAAAAAAUACAAAACAACAACACUACUUGCUGGCUACUCGUCCCACCUUGCAGGAUUUGCACCCCAUGCUGACUUUAUCCUGAUGGCCUGGGUUGCCUCCAGCUGAGCCUGAUGGAAACCUGGUUCCUGUUGAUUAAACUUAAGAAAUUAUAGUGGGAGGCAGCUAUUGGGCUUAAAAGGACAGUGCACAUGUAAACACAGGCGCCAGUACAGCAUCCUUUAGUCUUCUGAAAUCCAGAAGUCCAGUCAAAUGAUUGCUUUAAAGCUGAAGGCGCGCUUGCAGUGUGAUGGAUCAAAGUUGUCCCCCAAGUGCUUUCAGAAAUUAUUCUUCCAACCCCGCCCCAGUGAUUUUUUUUCUGUGCUGCUCAAGGAAAUGACAAAUAGAAGGAGAAUCUGCUCUCCAUUUCAACUGCGUUUGGAAAGUGUUAAUUGCUCAUUUAAUGUAAGGUAGAAAGGUUAAACUGGCAGAAUAAAAUAGACUUGAUCAGGGACAAUCUAUAUGUAGCUUUGUGUACACAAUUCAAUGCCUUUAUUAUGUAAUCUGGGUGCCACAUUUUUUUGAAAAAAAUAAAAUGGAGGGCAAAAGUUUUUUUUUGGGACACAUUCUAGAAAGCUUAGGUUUUUUUCAAAAUGGGAAAACAACACGAGCAUGUCAAUCGGUCAUGUUGUGUUUAACAAUGACACACUCCAUCCAUGGAUACAGCUUUUGUUGGUUCAAAGUGUGUAUAUGAUCUCGGGGGGUUUAAGAGUGCCCUUAAUGAAAUUACAGAUGGUUGGAUUGCUCAGCGAUUUAGGCAUCUGGCUUUGGAGCUAGAGAACCUUGGAAAGGGUCACUAUAGUUCAGAAAUGACCUGAUGGCACAUGAAACUACAUUAUGAGUGUGUGUGAGAUUUAUAUAUAAAUUUAUGUAUUUAUAUAUUUAUAUAUAUAAAUCUCACACACAUAAGUACUGUAGUAUGCUGUAAAUCAUUGCAUCUAGAAGAGCAUGUUUUUGCUUUUUAAUUGUUGGUUAUGGGUGCCUUGUGGAAAAUUGGCAACGUAAACAACAUCCACAUGCUCUUAUAAACUUUUUUUUAAAGUAAAUUGACCAAAUAGUUUUUAAAAUGUGUUCAGUAGGGGUAGGGGAACCUUUGCCCUUCCCAGAUGUUUUGGCUUACAACUUCCACAAUCCCAUACUAUUGGCCAUGCCAGGUGGGGCUGAUGGGAAUUGUAGGCCAAAAUAGCUGGAUGGCAAAAGGUUCGUCGGACUUGUGUAUGAGCUGGUGUGCCCUACUGCACUUUAUCAUGGGUGAAGCCUUCUGGGAGGUCCAGGUCUGCUGUUUUUCCCCUAGGAAAAUAUGUUAAUUCCUGAGCACACCAUGAUGUCUUGUACUGCUUUGCAUCCAGUGUCAAAAACUUCCCUUCAAGUGUCUGACCACAAAAUUCAUGCAUUCCAUUCUGCAUGCCAUGCACUUUUUUCUUCUUUUCUCUCUCUCUCUCAGUAAAGGAUUUUGAUUUUAAUAUUCA